UGAGACAGGGUUUCUCUGUGUAACAGUCUCGGUUGUCUUGGAACUCUCUCUCUCUUUGGUUUUUCGAGACUGGGUUUCUCCGAUAUCUCUCUCUUUGGUUUUUUGAGACUGGGUUUCUCCGUAUCUUUGAAGCCUGUCCUGGAACUAGCUUUUGUAGACAAGGAUGGCCUCAAACUAACAGAGAUCCGCCUGCCUCUGCUUCCCAAGUACUGGGAUUAAAGGCGUGCACCACUACCGCCCAGUACUUCUAUUUUCUCGAACGGUCCCCUCCAUGCUACCUUCCUUUCCUACUUCAAUCACAUUUAUACCCCUCAUCCAUGUGUCAAUCAUUGCCUACACAGAGUUCCAUCUUUUUCAGAAAGCAUUUCAAUGUUCCGGUGGUUAUCUCCCCUCUGGCUCCAAUCUCCAAUUGUACUCGGUGCUAAUAACGCUUCAGAGUAAAUUUUUUAUUUUUCAAUUUCGCUCGCUAUAAGAAUGCAGUGAUGACAGUGUACCUGCCCCGGGAGGCCCCCGGGGUCCUCACCCAAUGGGGGCCUGGGCCUAUGCUACUUCAGGCACUCGCUGCCCAAGUAUCUUCGCUGUCAGUCUUCCCCUCCUCCUUCGGCAUCUGCUCUGCAUUAGUCUAUCCCAGGCCUCCGCAGGCGCCGAUGAUUAAAUCAUCAUCAUUAACCAGGGCCUAUUCCCCCCACCCCCGGCAGCAGCGAGAGAGUGGGGGGUAAGAUCGCCACGUUCCCGGAGGGUCUCUCCCUCCCCACCCCACCCAAAGCACCCUCUCCAAGACUUCGCGAAGCCGGGAGAAACUCCCAUGGUGGAGCGGGGAGAAGGCCCGCCACCCGGACGCAGUUCCGCAGCGCGGACGCCGCAGCAGCCGGUUAGGUAGGGUCGCACUGCAGGGUGAGGACCCGGGGUCCCAGGCGAGGUCGCGCCCCAGGACUCCCACUCUCCGGAGCAGCAGCGGGCGGCGAUCUCACGGCCUCGGGGUCGGAGGGCACAGGCUAUCUAUCUAUCACAAGCUCCUGAAGUUGGUCCAGAGAUCGGGUGCGCGCCGUCGGAAGGACGCCCGUGGGAGCGUGCAAUACCGGGACCCUACUCCACGACCCCCCCCCCACUCCCUAAUGACCACGGGGAGGGGGGGCCAGCGGGCUCAGGCGGUACCGGAAGUGGCGGGCUGGGAUCAGCCUUUAAGAUGGCGUCUCCUCAGGGGGGCCAGAUUGCGAUCGCGAUGAGGCUUCGGAACCAGCUCCAGUCAGUGUACAAGAUGGACCCGCUACGGAACGAGGAGGAGGUCCGGGUGAAGAUCAAAGACCUGAAUGAACACAUCGUCUGCUGCCUGUGUGCGGGCUACUUCGUGGAUGCCACCACCAUCACAGAGUGUCUCCACACCUUCUGCAAAAGUUGUAUUGUGAAGUACCUGCAGACCAGCAAGUACUGCCCCAUGUGCAACAUCAAGAUCCACGAGACGCAGCCGCUGCUCAACCUCAAGCUGGAUCGGGUCAUGCAGGACAUAGUCUAUAAACUGGUACCAGGCUUGCAAGACAGUGAAGAGAAACGGAUUCGGGAAUUCUAUCAGUCCCGAGGCUUGGACAGAGUCACCCAGCCCAGUGGGGAAGAGCCAGCCCUGAGCAACCUUGGCCUCCCUUUCAGCAGUUUUGACCACUCUAAAGCCCACUAUUACCGCUAUGAUGAACAGCUGAGCCUAUGCCUGGAGCGGCUGAGUUCUGGCAAAGACAAGAAUAAAAACGUCCUUCAGAACAAAUAUGUCCGAUGCUCUGUUAGAGCUGAGGUACGCCAUCUCCGAAGGGUUCUGUGUCACCGCCUAAUGCUAAAUCCACAACAUGUACAGCUCCUUUUUGACAAUGAGGUUCUCCCUGAUCACAUGACAAUGAAGCAGCUGUGGCUGUCCCGCUGGUUUGGCAAGCCAUCUCCUUUGCUUUUACAAUACAGUGUGAAAGAGAAGAGGAGGUAGGGGCCAGACUUGCUUCCACCCCCUCCCACCCCUCCCAGAUAUUUAUGUGAAAUUAACUGUGGCUUUAUUUUUUGAAAUAAAAGCUUUGAAAAAGCA